AGGUUUAGAAACUUUCUGACUUGGAGACACACAGAGAUAGCACAGGUAUAAUGGUGAAACCAAGGAAAGUAUUUUGAGAAUUUAGAGGACUCUGCAGUUUGUCUACAGCCUGCUGACUGUUUCAGAGUAGCAGUACUCAAUUACUUACGCCUACACUCUACUCUCCCGUUGCAUCUACGAGGAGCAGGUUCUGGGACGAUAACUUAUUCGGAUUCAUUUUGAAAGUUAAGGAACGAAGAGAAAUAAGGCUUGAGUGCACUGGUAGCAUUCCUUUUUCCCUUUACCCUUUUAUAUAUUGAAGAAUAUGGUCACCUAAUGGAAGAUGAAAUGCAGUAUAUGGUGUGAGCCAUGUCUCAGGUGUACCCACUUCAUAUGAUAUCAGAGAGGAUAGUGCUCUAUUCCCUCUUGAACAUAAGUGAUGAGUCCACACAGGACAUUUCAAAAUACUUAGUGGCAUGUCUCAAUACAGAGAACUAUACUGCAGUAUCUCAGGGCCUUCUCCAGACAUUGAUCAAGGAUUACCCUGAAAAGCUGACCAACGAGUUACUGGUUGCCUUGUCGCCUCCACACCUACGGCAGCUGUCUCUGGAGAAAUGCUCUGGGAUUUCUGCAGCGGGGAUACACAGGGUGCUUCACAAAUGCAGUCACCUGCAGUCCUUGGAUUUGUCUGAAAAUGACAAAUUGAGUCAGCCAAAAGUCUUUGAAGAUUUGGGAAAAAUAACUCAAAAUCUGAUGUCAUUGUCCUUGAGAAAUUGUGAGCUGGUGAACGAUGCAGUAGUCCAUGCUAUACUCAGACACCACCCUCACCUAUUACACCUAGACCUGUCUGGCAAUGGAGGGAUCACAGAUGACGUCUUCCUCUUGGACCCAGAGACACAGCUUCUUGCUUCCAUGGCCUCACAAGAACCAGAAACCAAAUUCUUACAUCAACUCUCCAGUGUAAAUAUCUCAGGCUGUAUUGGCCUAACAAGUGCUGCCCUCUGUUACCUGACUUCAUUGUGUGGUCCAUCUCUCAGGGAUGUUCACAUGGCUUGUUUCACGUUUGAUUGCACAGCCUUGUGGUUUCUAAGUGGAUAUAGUCUGACUACAGCAGUUCAACUGACAGAUGUACUGGAAACGAUAAGUAGUGAUGAAAAAUCUAUCAAGAAAGAUAUUUCUGACCAGUUAUUAACCUUGAUAGAAGUUGCCAGUGCUGUGAAAGCCAACACACCAGAGAAUGCAUUUAAGGGUUUAUUUCAGAAAUAUACUUUAUCCUGUUCAAGUACAGAAGUUAAAUAUUCUCCAGCUGGUGCUGACAAAACUGUUUUGCAUGAAAAUCCAGAUGGACCCCAUGUCUUUGUAAAGCCUGAAGCUGUGAUAUCUGGACCUGCAGCCUGUGUGGAUGAAGGGCCAAAUGGUGCAGCUCUAGAGCUUGAGGAUGUUACUGUGGAGCUAACUCACUUUAAUCAGUGUAGAAAUUCUGAGAAAAAUGAGGUUGAAAAUGCAAGAGUUGAAGAAGCAUGUGCAAUGACUAGCUCCUGUAAUCCAGCCUCUGAAAAUCUAAUUGACAAUCCUGUGUGCUCAGAAGACUAG